AUGUUCACCUCCUCGUUUUACGUGCUGUUUCUGGUGUUCAAAGUCUCGCCACGUGCGAUGCGAUCGAGUAUCCCCUACAUUUUGAACUUGCACCUCUGGACCAUGUUCUGCGAUUUCAUGUUCGCCGUCAUGCUUCUUCCCUACUUUAUGUUGCCGGUGCUUGUCAUUAAACCCUACGGAGUACUGCAUUCGAUGGGCACACCGCCCAAAUUGCAACUCUGGCUCGCGUUCGCUUCUCUUGGAGGUACUCGACUUUUACAAAAUUCACAAUAGACCAACUAGUCUCUCAGGAAUGACCGCCUCGAUCACCACUCUUUUCGAGUACCGUCAUCGGUGCAUCGUGUCGAAUAGUCGGUUUGUGAUGCGCACGAAAACGACCAUUUUCUUCUAUAACUUGGUGCUGUACGGCUAUCACAUCAACUUUGGCGUGCCGGAAGUGUUGAGUAUGCCCGAGAAUCAGGCAGAGACGAAGACGAGGUUACUGGCGGUAGGUGAACGACACGGUUUUUCCACCUCCAUUUAUCAUUCUGUUCCCGCCCGCCACUGGCUCAUAAAGUCCGUCACCAUUGCAGACGUUCCCGUGCCCACCGCCAACAUUCUUCGACUCGGAUGCGUACGUGAUCCAGGAGGACGGUCGUCGCCUGUUCAACAUCCACAUGUACUUCACCUGCGCCAGCGUCUCCCUUGUUUGCGCCUUCUUCGGCUGUCACACAAUGUGGCACCUCUUGCCGCAGAACAAUCCGUUAAUGUCGUCCUCGACGCGAAAGUUCCAACGCAACUUUUUCGUCUCGUCGGUCGUUCAGGCUUCGAUUCCGGUCACUGUCAUUCUUAUUCCCAACGUUUACUGGAACCUGUCCAUCACUUUCGCGUUUCAUUCUCAAGGUAUUCGUGUGGUUCUCGCGGCGGCCUAGGAUAAUCUAGGCCAUGUUCAGAGGCCAACAACAUCUCCGUUCUUAUUCUGACACUUCACGGAUUCGCCGCCUCCAUCGGCAUCAUCUUUCUCUACACCCCGUACCGCAAUUUCACCAAGAACCUGUUCAGAAGACGUAGAGUUCUAAAGAUGUAUUCAAAAACAAGUCAAUUUCAGAUGUGCUCAAAACCGAACGAGUAUCGUCCAUUUCCAUGAGCAAUCUGGAGAGCACUACUACAAUGGUAUCGAAACGAACAAUAUCUUUUCAUCGUCAUAA